GGUCCAAUAAAAUCCAAAUCGACAACUCUUGGUUCCGUUUCGAAAUGGCCUAGUAAGCUCACCUCCCACUCGAGGCCAAAUGAGCUGCUAUGUUUUGGGCUUGGCCGAGAUAAGGUAUCCGUAUCUAAACCUCUACCCCCGAGAGGUUUUGCCAGUUUGUUUGACGGUCUAUUUUAGGAGUCUCCGUGCUCGGAAACGAUGGCCAGUAUCCUGUGGCCGGAGCCGCUGUCGAGCGCGCAGCUGAAGCGGCUGGAGGAGCACAAGUACAGCGCCUCGGGUCGCUCCCUGCUGGAGCCUCCGUGUCAGAUCUACUGGAACUGGCUGGUCCAACAGAUACCGACAUGGGUGGCCCCGAAUACGCUGACCAUCGUGGGGCUGAUUGUGAACAUCGUAUCCACGCUCCUGCUGGUCUUUUAUUGCCCCACGGCCACAGAGGAGGCUCCAGCAUGGGUUUUCAUCCUGAGUGCUGUGGGCCUCUUCAUGUACCAGUCUCUGGAUGCCAUCGACGGCAAGCAGGCCCGCCGGACAAACAGCAGCUCCGCCCUCGGCGAGCUCUUUGACCACGGCUGCGACGCCGUCUCCACAGUGUUUGUUGCCGUGGGUACGUGCAUCUCGUGCGGCAUUGGCAGAUACCCUGACUGGAUCUUCUUCUGCGGCUUCAUCGGGAUGUUUAUGUUCUUCUGCGCCCACUGGCAGACCUACGUUUCAGGAACCCUCCGCUUUGGCCUGGUGGACGUCACAGAGGUGCAGUUUGCCAUCAUGACCAUGUACCUGAUGUCCGCCUUUGGGGGUGUGAGCCUUUGGCAAUGCACGUUACCCGUCAUCGGACUGAAGAUGUACGUCUUCCCAAUCAUGGGCAUCAUUGGAGGGGCGCUGUACUCCUGCCACAACUACUUCCACGUCAUCUUGAACGGCGGGGUCGGUAAAAAUGGCUCCACCGUGGCGGACACCAGCGUGCUGAGUCCUGGUUUGCACAUCGGCCUCAUCCUCACGCUGGCCUUCAUCAUUUUCAAGAAGUCGUCCAGUCAGCUGUUUGAGCAUCACCCCUGCCUCUACCUGCUCACCUUCGGCAUGGUCAUCGCAAAGAUCUCCAACAAGCUUGUAGUGGCGCACAUGACAAAGAGCGAGCUGCACCUCCCAGACACCGCCUUCAUCGGCCCGGGCCUCCUCUUCCUCAACCAGUACUUCAACAGCUUCAUCGACGAGCACAUAGUACUGUGGAUCGCCAUGGUGCUCUCCCUUGUGGACUUGACGCGUUAUUGCACAGACGUGUGCAUCCAGAUCGCCGCCCACCUGCGCAUCAGAGUCUUCAGCAUCACGCCCCCCGGCCCCACCCACCGCGACUGACAUCUUGCCCGGCGGGAGGAAGCGGGGGGAAAAGCAGACCUCUCCCCACUCCUGAAAGCAGACGACGAGAGCCCGAGCCUUGACCAAGUUACCACCUCCGCCUAAAAGUAACUAUGAAAACGCCACCAAAGAAAAGUAAUGCUCCAAAACAUCCCCAAAAACUAACUUCUCUUAAAUACCAAAUUGUUAUUUUGAUACUGUUUUUAUGCACUCUGAUUGACUUAUGAAAAAAAUUAAUAUAUUUAAUAAUUAUCCAAUGAACAUGACUAAAUUUGAUCAAUCAGGGUUUGAGAAAAGGCCGAAAAAUUGGCGAGUGAUUUCCAACGAGGUGUUUUGUGUACGGGCUACACGUGAAGCGGUGCACGUUCAUGUGGAAACCGAUGAUGAGUGUCCCAACUUUUUUUUCUUGCAUCUCAUCGCCGUCGACUUAUGAAGCGUUAACGCGCGACCUGUUCUGCUUUCUGAGUUAUUCUCCCUAAAGGGCUAAUCAGACGUUCAUGAUGUUGUGAUUGUACAGCUUAAAGUCGCCUUAAAUGAUUUUGUUGUAAUUAAAAAUUAUGAAUAUUCAAUACCAAACAAGUUUGUACGUGUUUUCCACUGAACAGCUGCAAUGCAGAACCUUCCCUUUCAUUGCCCCUUAAAAGGUACAGCGUGCAGAUGAAUCACUGACUUUGAAUGCAUUUUACUUAUGUGCUUUUUUUUUUUAUUCAUGUUGACGGGGAUACAAACUGAUAUUUUUUUGGGUCUCCUUCUGUGGCACCAUUUUUCUUUUUAAAGGUUAAAUAUGCUUUUCCUGGAUUUUACUCUGCACUGUAAAAAAAAUUAAGUGGUGCUGUUUUUCCAUUUACAGUAAGCACUGUAAAAACAACCUUAUAUUUUAUGGUAAAAUUCUGGCAAUUAAAAAUAAGUGGUACCGCUUUUGUACUUACAGUAAUGCACUGUAAAAAAAAAAAAUCUGUAGAUUUAGCGGUUAAAAAAACAUCAGCUUCGUCGCCAUAAUUUUACAGAAACAAAGUUAUCGUUUUUCUAUUUACAGUAAUUCUGUGUAAAAACAAUUGUACAUUUUAUGGUAAAAUUCUCAUUUUAUAAACAUAAAAUCUAUAGAUUUUUUUUUUACAGUGUGGAAAACAUCUCUUCCUGUUUCUAUGUUGGAAACUAUGCAUUAAAAUGUACAACCUUCAUUUUUUUCACCGUUCAGUAACAUUGUACCACAAAUUUUUACUAACAAGUGCGUGUGUGUGAGGGAGGGAGGGGUGUUUGUAAUAAAGAGGUUAU